AUGGGAAAAUCACUGGCGGAUCAAAUUUCAGAUAUCGCCAUUAAACCGAUUAAUAAGGACUUCGAUAUCGAAGAUGAGGAAAAUACAUCAUUAUUUCAACAUAAUGAAAAGAAUGGAGAAAGUGACUUAAGCGAUUAUGAGGAUGCCAACAUAGAACAAACCAAGAAAGCGCAUUAUUUUGAAGUGGAAAAGUCUAAGCUGAGAGCAGAAAAAGGUUUGGAACUAAACGAUCCGAAAUAUACAGGUGUUAAGGGUUCCAGACAAGCAUUAUAUGAGGAAGUUUCGAAUAAUGAGGAAGAAGGAGAAGAAGAAGAAGAAGACGAAGAAGACGAAGAGGAAGAUGCCCUCUCAUUCAGAACGGAUUCCGAGGAUGAACAAGUGGAGAAUGAGGAAGAAGAGUCAGACGCGGACGGCGAUGAAAUGGAGGAGGCUCAACAGAAAAGGCAAGCACUAUCUAAACUAGUUCAACAAGAAACUAAACAUGCCAUCAAUAAACUGUCUCAAUCAGUUCAAAGAGACGCUUCAAAGGGUUAUUCAAUUUUACAACAGACCAAAUUAUUCGACAAUAUCAUUGAUUUGAGAAUAAAACUACAAAAAGCUGUAAUUGCAGCAAAUAAGCUUCCAUUAACUGCAGAGUCCUGGGAAGAGGCUAAAAUGGACGAUUCACAGGAAACAAAGCGUUUGUUGAAGGAAAACGAGAAGCUGUUCAAUAAUUUGUUCAAUCAGUUGAUAAAUUUUAGAAUAAAGUUCCAACUUGGCGAUCAUAUCACUCAGAGCGAAGAAACGGCGAAGCAUAAAAUAUCCAAGAAAAGAUCUGUUAAAGAGCUUCAUAAAGAAACCGAUAGCUUAGACUUAGAACUGAAAGAGUACAGGAGUGCUGUUUUGAACAAAUGGUCUACCAAAGUUUCUUCUGCAUCAGGUAACUCUGCUUUAUCAUCCAACAAAUUCAAAGCUAUCAACUUACCUGCGGACGUGCAGGUAGAAAACCAACUAUCCGAUAUGUCCCGUUUGAUGAAAAGAACAAAAUUAAAUAGGAGGAACAUAACGCCUUUGUAUUUCCAAAACGACUGCGCUAAUGGUAGAUUGCCAGAAUUAACUUCUCCAGUUGUCGAAGAUGGUGUUGAUGACAAUGAGAAUUCGGAUGAUGGGCUCGAUAUCCCGAAAAACUAUGACCCAAGAAGGAAGGAUAACAAUGCCAUUGACAUUGCUGAAAAUCCAUAUGUUUUCGACGAUGAAGAUUUCUAUCGUGUUUUACUAAACGACUUAAUUGAUAAGAAGAUCUCUAACGCUCACAAUUCUGAAAGUGCAGCAAUCACAAUCACCUCGGCCAAUUCUCGUUCUAGUAAUAAGCUAAAGAAGAAUAUUGAUACCAAGGCUUCCAAAGGUAGAAAACUAAAUUACUCGGUUCAAGAUCCAAUUGCUAAUUAUGAAGCCCCCAUUACAUCUGGAUACAAAUGGUCAGAUGACCAAAUAGAUGAAUUCUUUGCGGGAUUGUUAGGUCAACGUGUGAACUUUAAUGAAAAUGAUGACGGUGAGCAAAAUGUCGGAGAAGAAAACGACGAAGAAUUAGAGGCUGUUAAAAAUGAUGAUAUCCAAAUCUUUGGUUGA